UGCUGUUCUCACACUCGCAGCAAAAGACCGCAAGGAAGAAAGGGAAAAUAAAAGGGCGAAAAAAGGCGGUCUCCUCUCUCUCUCUCUGCGUUCGCUAUCUUCAUCUCCUCGCUCUCUAAACCCUCCUCCCUCCUCCUCCUCCUCCUCCUCCUCCCCUGGAUCCGAAGAUGAGCGGCGGAGGCGCUAGGGUUUCGAUCCCCUCCGGCGUGCGCCGCACGAUCCAGAACAUCAAGGAGAUCGCCGGCAAUCACACCGACGAGGAGAUUUACGCAAUGCUCAAGGAGUGCUCUAUGGAUCCCAACGAGACUGCCCAGAAGCUCCUCCUUCAAGAUACUUUCCAUGAGGUCAAAAGGAAGCAUGACAAGAGAAAGGAGAAUGUCAGAGAAUCCGCUGAGCCUAGGUGGAGGCCUGGUGUGCAGGGACGAGGAGGUAGGGGAGGUCGGGGAAAUUACUCCUCACGUUCACUGCCUAAUGAUGCUGCUGCUGGAAGAAAUGCAACAGCAGCAAAGGAGAGUGGGCUAAAUCAAGGCAUAGAUAAAGCCAAUACAUCUUCAUCCACAUCUCCUGACGCAGAGAAUAAACCUGCAAUUCCAUUAUCAAGCUCUGUAUCUGGUCUUGUCAAUGGCCCCAGCAACAUAGAACAUCUUGUGUCUUCUCAGGGGUCUCAUGUAUCUGGUGUCAAUGGCACUCCAUCAGAAGAAAUUUCUGAUGCAGUAACCACUAAGACUGCAAAUUCCAGAAUACCUAUCAAAGACUCAAAGGGUGGUUCUGCAUCUAGUCCAUAUCUGCAAAAUAUUGACCAAUUAUCUUCAAAUAAGCCGGUGCCAGUGCCAUCUAUUGAUCCAUGCACCCCUGCAGAGCUAGGAACCAUGAAACAGAUCAAACCACAUGGAUCAGGAACAUGUGAAGCCACAGAAAAAUCCCAAGCUGCAUCUUCAUCCUUUUCUAGUGCUAUGGGCAUUAGACCAUCCUCUACUUACAGCAAUCGCUUUCAACAUCCAAGUGGUUUGCAGAAAGCACCUCUUCCUAAUAAAGAGUGGAAACCCAAGUCAGUACUUGCAAACCCUGCUCAGGCUUCUGAGACAAAUGGCACUUCUGAAGCACCAGUAGUGAUUGAAGCUGUUUCCGAUUCAUUACCAUCCUCAUUGUCAGCUACUUCAGUAGGUGCUUCUGUUAAGCUAGGAAAGAAGGUAGAAGACCUGAAGGUAUCAGACCGACAGCAUGUGAUUAUUCCGAACCAUCUCCAGGUCACAGAAUCCGAGCGACAUGGAUUAAGUUUUGGAAGCUUUGAUGCUAAUUUCAUGUUUAAACUGGUUGUUGCCAAGGACCUUACUGGACAGAAUAUUGAGACACCACAUUACGAGCCAUCUAAAGAGAUUGAUGAAACUAUCGAGAAGCAUGCUUUAAGCAGCAAUUCAACAUCCUCAACUGCUGAAGAAGAUGAUUUUUCUGAACAAACUCAAUCACCUGAACAGGUCACAGAUAAUUAUUCAAAGAAGGAAAUUGUUAUUUCCAAUAGCGCAUCACCUGAAACAGAAUACAACCAAACCAAUCAAGAAGAUAGUUUAAGUCCAGAAGGUUCUCAGAAUUUGAUUGUUCAGUCUACACCAUCCUAUCCUCCUGUAGGAUUGGUACCACAGCUCAGUAGCCAAAUUGCUUCUUUUGAAAGCUCAGAAUCUCAGGCUCGUGAGUCACGUCUUCCAAGUUUUCUGGUACAGCAACACUAUGAUCCAUCCACUAGUUAUUUCAACCCAUUUUAUCGUCCAUCUCCUGAUGCUGAUGGUCGGAUCUCCCCUUUUUUUGCAUCUAGUGCCUCCACUAGGUACAAUGGGAACAUUGCCCUUCUACCUGCUCAGUCUGGCCAGGCUUCCCAAGAGAAUACCAACAACAUAGUACUAUCGACAGUGGGCUCAACUCCUCUGGGAACUCAAGCUGCAGGCACCAUGCAGGGCUCUCUUGCUAUUCCUCAGCAGCCAAUUCCUGUCUUCCGUCAACCGGCUGGGUUACAUAUAUCUCAUUUCUCCCCCAACUACGUUCCCUACAGUCAAUAUUUCUCACCAUUCUAUGCCCCUCCACCUGCGGUUCAUCAUUUCUUGAGCGGUGCUGCAUUCCCUCAGCAACCUCCUACGGGUGGCAUGUAUCCAACUCCUGGAGCUGCAACUCCUGCUGCUGCUUCUGUAAAGUACUCUCUUCCACAAUACAAACCUGGUUCUAACACUGGCAAUUCAACUAUUGUUGGAUUACCAACUGUUUAUGGAACAUAUAACUCAACCCAGGCUGGCUAUACUUCUGUUCCUGCUGUUAGCACUGGAAAUUCAACUGCCAAUGAAGAACUGGUAUCGUCACAGUUUAAGGAGAAUAAUGCUUAUAUUUCCGGACAACAGAGCGAAGGCCCACCGGUAUGGAUUCCUGCACCUGGACGUGACAUUUCCUCACUUCAAGCUAGCUCUUUCUACAACAUUCCUCAGGGACAACACAUGACAUUUACGCCAGCUCAGGCUGGUCACGGCACCUUCAGCGGUAUGUAUCCCCCAACACCGGCAGUUGCUGGUUCUGUCCACCCUUUGCUGCAGCCGUCACAGAGUGUACCCGGGGGUGUAGAAAUGCUAGCCCCUCCUGCUGGUGUUUAUCAACCGACACAGCAUGCACAAAUAAAUUGGACCAAUAAUUAUUGAAGCCACUCCAAACCUAAGUUACAUUAGCCACAGCUCAGUCAUCGGUCACUACUCAGUUUAGAGGACAUUCAGAACGCGGCGUAGGAGUAAGCCUGAUUGAAUGAACAAAAAAAAGAAGAAUGGAUAUAUAUUUAUAUCUACAGCAUGGCCAUCCUGCAUGGGUAGGCCUAUGAGGGUUUGGAGUUGCUAGACUUUCAUAGUUUGGGCUAUACUUGUGAACUGACACUGACCUCUCUCUUUUUUUUAUGUUUACUUGUGUGGUUCCCCCUGGUUCUAA